AUGCAAGGUUCGGGCUCUGUGGAUUUGGUCCUUGCAUAAUGUGGCAUUUCACUCAUAAUAAUAAUAUAUAUAUAUAUAUAGGUAUAUAUACUUACGUAUUAGUUUGAUUAAUCUCUUUUGCAAAUUGAUGCAGCAGCUAUACUCUUCAGUUUCUGCAUGCUGACAUGAUGAUGGGGCUUCAGACAGCAGCAGCAGCAAUAUGGCUUCCACUCACUGUCUUACUGCUCCUCACAGUUUAUGGACAUGCAGAGAUCACUGUGGAGCCUCUGAGGUGUUACCAUUGCUCUGAGAAUGAGAACUGCAAUGAGAACUUGGGGAUUGCAUCACCUUGCAGAUCUGUGUAUGACCGCUGUGCCACUUUCUAUGACUCUGCAACUGCUGCUUGUGUGCUGGCAAGGGGAUGCUUCUCCUAUUUCUCUGGCUGCUAUGAAUUGCCCAGCAAGAAGGUGGUUUGCAUGUGCCCAGAGGAUGACUGCAACAACAGGCUCAUCAUCCCAGGACCAAAUGUUCCUGAGCGCAGGAGUCCCUUGAACAUCAAGACAAGAUUCAGAGAAUUGCAUCACAUCAACAAACCUGACAGACCACCUUUUUCCUUUGAUGCAUCAGCUCCUGUAUAUUAUGAGCCCAUGCCCAGUAGUAGGUCCAAGAGAGAAGUUACUUUGGUGGACAGAUUGGACAACACUCCACAGGAUUUGAUGUAUGAGGACAGAGGUCGCCCCAUGACCCCUGCUGAAUUUGAGUACAGGGAAUUGACUAGAGUGAAGCCACAUUUGUCACUGGACCCUGAUUUUGGGAUGGAGAAUAUUAGGAUGCCUGCUUCCCCUGGGCGCAAUUUGGAAGAGGAGCUUGAAAUGCUUUAUGGCCAAGGGCUGGUUGAUGAUGACCCAUAUGAUGGUUACAAUCCAAGGGAGUCCUUUUUGAUCAAGUCCCUUAUUGCCCUAGGAAUCAUCUCUGAAGAUGACAAGCACCUGAUUCCAGAAGAAGAGUUUGACUUCUCUGAAGAGAGUGCAAGAAUGCUCAAGCCCAUAUUCAUCACCACAUAUGAGUUUGACAGGGCCAGGACUUACACUAACCAAAAGUCCAAGCUGCCAAUCAACCCCAACUUUCAUUCCAGGAUCAACUUGAUUAACCAACAUUUGCCCACAGAAAUGAUUAGGGAGAAGUCUAAGAAUGGAACUGUGUACCCACCUGCUGAGAAGCAGAAUAUAGAAGGGUUGUAUGAACCCUUGCCCACACCCAAGGGCUUUGAAAAGGCUGGCAUCAGACCCAUUGGCUUGUCCAAUAAUGGACCUAAUUUCAAGUGCCCUUGUGUUUUGAUCACUGUGGCUGCUGCCAUUGUCAUUCUUGGCCAUGUCAGACCACAGAGGCCAUGCAAAAAAAAUCGUGUUGCAGCCAGGGGAUGCACUUCUGUGAAUCAGCAGGGUUGCUUUGAGGAUUACUCUGGAGAGUACAUCUGUGCAUGUGCCACAACUUUCUGCAAUGACUUUGCUGUGAGCUCUGUUGCUGUAGACUCCUUGACUGACCUCAGGAAUGCUUAUCACCUCUGGAAUGGGAAAGUCCCUACAAGACCAAGACAGUUGACUCCAAUCCCUAUUGCCAGACAGCAGAUGCAUUAUGACCAAGUGGUAGAGAAGAAGGCACCAGCUGUUGAAGCAGCAUCAGUGGCUGAAGUUGAGAAGGAUUUGAUCCCUGAGAAGCCAUUGUCCUUGGCUGCAAGACUAACAAGAGAAAGCAUGAACCAUGCCUUCAAGGCAACCAGCACAAAUAAAAACAGGGAAGUUUUUCCACCUAUAGACAACACCCCAGUGGACACCUUCUUGUCAAAGACUGCUGGCAAUAACAAGCAGAAUGGAGUGAGACCCCUGAUGGCUCCAGCAAAUGUGCAAGCUAGUCCCAAUGGACCACCUCCUGAGGCUGAAUACAAUGGGAUGCAGUUACCCAAGAUGUCUACCUCCAUAACCAAGAAUAGUCUGAUGAACUUUGGUAGAACAAUAGAGGAGUUUCUGAACCCAGAGUCUAGGCCAGGGAAGAACCUGGUCACACCAGUGUAUAAUGCAGAAGGGUUGCCCAUGAAUUUUGUUGCCCCAACCAGUCAAAUAUACUCACCCCCCAGCCCCAAACCUGUUGCUCCCAAAACGGCACCACCUGCACCCAAAUUGAAGCCCAUCUCUUUGACCCCCAAAAAGUCUCCUUUGAAACCAGCACAUCUUCCAAGUAAUGCUGCUCCACUUGCACCACCACCACCACCACCACCACAACCAAGCUACCAGGUCAUAGACAAGAAUGUAGAGAGUGCUGUGCUCACUCUUCCCCCUGGACUCAUCCCCAAUUUUGGCAGGAGCAAUUAUGUGCAGCAACCUGUGCCAAAUAUUGCAGUUGUGGUGGUGCCUCCAGUGGUGGCUAAUGUGCCUGUGGAGAAGAAAACUGAGACCCCUGUGGCACCUCCCAGGUUCCAGCAGCCACAGGAGGCAGUUCGCUAUGUGCCUUUGGAAGUCAAGGCCCCCAAGGAUAAAUCCCCUUUCAAGUCCUUCCUGAAAUCUGCUAUGGACCUUGGUGUGAAGGGUAGGGGCUGCAUCAAAGACACCAUGAGUGGUUGCUAUUCCAAGGAUGAUGGAGGAAAGUUCUGUGUGUGCCACACCUCAUACUGCAACAACUAUCGCAUUGGGAUUCUGAAGAUUAGAGCACACAAGACGGAUUUGUUGGUGGGGCCCAGCACAGCAAUCAGCUUUGAUGUCAUAGAAACGCCUGAAGGAUGGGCCCCGGGGCCAACUGAUGUCAGCGACGGUCCGGAUGUGUACAGUUUCCCGGAUGCUGAUUCGCCAAACGCUCUAGAAGAUAACGACAAGACAGGAGCUAAACCUGAUUAUGAGAUGUUGCAAAUGUCCGCCGCCAAUGAACCUGGCGCGGAACUCCAAGGGGAUGUGUCGGACUCGUCGGGACUUUUUAAGGAAACCACGUUGUAUCAAACACAGCCCGAGUUACUAGAUAAGUAUCGGCAGGGGGUUCCUGGUAAAACCCGCAUCAUACCCAUAGGCCCGGAACAGAUGCGAGGAGAUUCUUACCCUUCGAAUGAGAAGAUUGUGAACCUUGGGGAGAAACCAGUGUUCGCCAGCGUGGAGGAAGUUAUGCGAAGAGGUCGGCAGAUUAUCGCGAACAGUUCCUGCCGAACUCAAUUUCCGACCGCGUUACUCUUUUCAAGGAAAUACAGUGAUUACAAAAAGGCCUCAGAAAAUUCAGCUGACACAGAGUGGCCUCCUCUCACUUGCACCCUUCCCAGCUUGAGGGCUAUUCCCUUCCACUGGGGUGUGGGCGGCACAGCCAUUGAUGAGUGA